AUGGAAAGACAAAGACCACUACUUUGCCUCUUUGUUGGACCGCCGGCGCGAACACAGUGGUCGGGGUGGCUGGUGGUUUCGGGAUCCCGUAGAAAUGCUUCUUUUAUGCCUCGGGUAUUAGCCACAGCUCGUAUUCAUUCAGUCAUUUUACCCCUUCUUCAUUCUUGGACUUUGCUUCUUAAUAUUGUGACUUUUCUAUGCUGUGUCUUAGGAACCUUUUCAAUACGGUCCGGAUUGCUAGCUCCCGUUCAUAGUUUUGCUACAGAUGAUACACGAGGAAUCUUUUUAUGGCGGUUCUUCCUUCUAAUGACCGGCAUAUCUAUGAUUCUUUUCUCUCAGAUGAAGCAGCAGGCAUCGGUCCGUAGAACCUAUAAAAAAGAGAUGGUUGUAGCGCGAAGUACUCUUGUGCACUUACGUCACUUGGCUCGCGCGCAACCUCGCCCCCUUAUGUUAUGGAAGAAUUGAGCUUAUUGCUGGGCUGGUUAUUCAGAGCCAACAAUUGGCUGCCAGAUUUCGUCCCGCAACUAGAAGAAGAUCACUGCGGCGUGACUGAAUGUAGAGCAGUCCGCUCUUACUUUGAUCAGUAGAUUAUUUAGAACUUCGGAAGAUGGUCAAGGUAGCUUACUUCCAAGCCACUGCACUAGAUGCGCAUGGAGUCUACUCGGCCCAGAAUUCUUCUUCGUUCUCCACUAGGCGAACCCGCCGGGUUAACUCAACGUAAAGAAAGCUCAUUAGGUCAAAACUAAGGGAGUACUUACUAAUAGCGAAAGGCUAACAUCUCUCCGCCUUUCUUAAUAGAAGAGUAGCGAACAUCUGAGAACUUCGUGCUGUAAGACGACAGGUUGGUAAUGAAAGGCAAUGUACUAAGAAAGCGCAACUCUAUUAGCCCUUUAUAUGAUAUGGAUAAAUCUUGAAUAAGAAGAAUCAUCCUAUAAUUCUUCGUAUCUAAAAAGUAUCCUCCUCCCAAAAGCAUAGCUUUAGCUAUUACAUUCCUUUGGUCCAUUACCUUUCCAAUAAGUCUUGGACCAAAGCUUUAUCACCGUGCCCGCUUCUAGUCGCUAGUAGGUCUUCCCGGAUCGGAUAAGGCUUCGAUAAAGAAGUGAAUCAGUCCGAAAUGCUAUGGAUAGAUAGUUUUAGCCAAUAUCGAUCCGAUCGGGAAUGAGAGUACCUGACCUCUUGCCUAUUCAGCAGUAUUUUAUAUACCGCCGCACUCUUUAUAGUCGCGACUGUUGUCAUGGAAAAAAAUCGAUUUUCUGUCAAAGAAUCAUGCUUAACACAGCCUAUAGCGUAAAUUCGAACCGCGUCUAAACUAAAUUAAGGGUAAGGCCCGUAUUCUCUCUUCUGUAGAUACGCUAUCCUUUCUGGCUAUGGGGGUAUGAAGUCGCUAAAGCGAAGCUUUUGGAAAGGAAGUGAUAUCUACAGAUUGAUUUGAUAUUAGAUGAGCGAUCGUACUAUGAUCGUUCGGAAGACAUGGCCCCGCGCGCUACACACAAGAAUGAAUUGUUAUGCGAUCGCUAUUUCUGCAGGCAGCCUAUCAAAUCGGAUCUGAUCGUAGCUUCGAGUUCAGGUGCCGUACCGCGGCCGGACCGGAAAGGAGGGGGACAGCGAACCUCCUGCCAAGAGGCAAAGGUUGCUUGCUAACUCUCAGCCACUUGUUAGAAGGAAGUGCAGCUUGA